GUGACCCCCUUUCAUAUAUAUUCGUUAUGUACAAACCAUUUUUUUCCUUUUAAUUUACAAAGAUUUACUUUCCAACGGCAAUUUUUUUUCCUUCCCUAUAGCUCAAUUUCUCUCUCUAAGAGAUUUAUUGGAUUCCGAAUGAGCUUAUUAUACAGAUGGAUGGAUUGAGAGUAGAGAAUUGUUGUACUGAGAAUAAGCAAUCGACGGCGGCUUCGGCUUCUUCUGUUUCUGAAAAUAGUGGAGGUGUAACUGUAAAGUCAUCGGAAGUAUCCAGCCCGACUCCUGCAUCACCAGUUCAUCGGAGAACCACUGGUCCAAUUAGACGAGCAAAGGGUGGUUGGACUCCUGAGGAGGACGAUACUUUGAGAAGCGCUGUCGCAGCUUACAGGGGGAAGUCCUGGAAGAAAAUAGCUGAAUUCUUUCCGGAUAGAUCAGAAGUGCAAUGCCUGCAUCGAUGGCAAAAAGUUCUGAAUCCAGAUCUUGUAAAAGGACCCUGGACUCAAGAGGAGGAUGAUAAGAUCAUUGAACUGGUGGCUAGGUAUGGGCCUACAAAAUGGUCUAUCAUAGCCAAAUCAUUGCAUGGUCGGAUUGGGAAGCAAUGCCGUGAGAGGUGGCACAAUCAUUUGAAUCCAAAUAUUAAGAAAGAUGCAUGGACAUUGGAGGAGGAACUAGCACUUGUAGAUGCUCAUCGGAUCCAUGGGAACAAGUGGGCUGAAAUAGCUAAGGUCCUACCUGGAAGGACUGAUAAUGCAAUCAAGAACCAUUGGAAUAGCUCUUUGAAGAAGAAGUUAGACUUUUAUUUGGCUACUGGAAACCUUCCACCUGUUGGUAGAGAUGGUCCUCAAAAUGGUUGUGAGAACAACAUCUUUACAGCUUCGGCUGAAAAGGCUCUUGUUUACUCACAUAAAGGAUCAGAUUCAACUGAGCUUGCCUCGUCAGGAACUACUGACAUAUGUAAAAUAGGAAAUGGUGGUAUGAAUCAUCAAGAUGCCAAGCUGCUGGUUGCAAAUAUCGAUGCUUCCAAUAGUGGUCCUCAAAAUGAGUCCACUGAUUCUGAAGUUGUUAGAUGGGAGGCACAGUCACCAGCAAUAGAUGGUAUCCACGUUAAACCAAUUACAAAAAUCAAGUUUAAUGGAUAUGGAACAAAUAGUGUCGUUGAUCUUAAAGUCAUUGAAACUCCAUUUUCUUGUGAAAUACCUACAUGUGGUACACUGUAUUAUGAACCACCACAAUUAGGAAGUUGUAUUUCAAUGGAUUCAAAUUAUCUAAAUAUUCGAUGGGCUCAUUCUGGCCCAAGUCCAAGUUUAUCACCUAGUUCUUUCUCGACUCCACCUAGUAGUCUGAAGGGGAGUAGUUAUGCACAAACCCCUGAAUCCAUAUUGGAAACUGCUGCUAGAAGCUUCCCAAAUACGCCUUCCAUAUUCAGGAAGAGGAGGUUGAGCUCCACCACGCCAGGUAAUAAAAUUGGUAAUGCAGAUGAAGAUAUGCGUAAGGAAGAACCAUGUGACACUUGUGAGGAGAAACAAGUGGACAGUUCAGAAAAAUAUGGCAUGAAUAGGGGAAGUUCUUCGAGAAAUCCUGCUUACAAUGGCAUUGGACCAUGCAAUACCAGAGCUUUUAAUGCCUCUCCUCCAUAUCGGUUAAGGUCUAAACGAAAAUCCAUCUUCAAGUCUGUGGAGAAAAAGCUUAAGUUUGCAUUUGACAACGAGCAGCACAAUACUGGUAAUGAUUCAACUAUCAAAGAGAUAUCUCAUGUAGCAGAUUGUUUACGUGCAACAAAAAUGGGUAUCACCUAGUACCCUAUG